CAGGGCUACAUUAUAGUUGGGCGUUGGCUGUAACUUGUUUUGGAAACAUUUUGUGUAAAGUUCAAUGCACAUUGUGGUUCUGUGGAAGGAAUGAUUAUUAAUGAUGCAUGUGGCGGCCACCGAGACACCUAGGCUCCUCUUGUUUCACCUACAUAAACUACAGGCUGCAGCAGCUCGUCUACCUUCAAACCCAACUUCUCAAGAACUCCAGAGCAACUACCGUGUAACUUCUAAUCAAAUCACGACGAUGGACUACGUCAUCACAAGGAAACGAAAGAGACCGGCUUACGACUCCCAAGGCGAUGACUUGGAGGCGCCCGAUUUGCUUCAUUCCAAGACUUCGAUAGACCCGGACAUGCGGCCAUCCUUCGGCCUCAUCCCUCCUAUUGUUACCCUCCCUCCGGCUAGGGACGACACUGCAACCAAAGAGGCUGUGACCGUAGACGGCUUCAUUCGUCAAGUCAUUACGAGGGUGCCUGGAUCGCAGCGGAAACGGCAGCUACGGACCGUACAGUUGCAAGAUACAUCCAUUUCUACGGGCGCCGAUGCAAAUAUUCGGCCAGUCACUAACAAGCCUGCUGGGGACAGGAAACCGAUGACGCUGGCGCAAAGGCUGGCCCGUGCUGCCAUUCUCUCCCAUAUGGAAACAAAGGAGAUUCUGCACCCUCCCGCCGCCGACGGUAUAUCCUCCUCUCGUCGGCCUCUCAACUUUGUGUCAUUCCCGAAAUUUGCGACGCCUCCCUCUUCGCUGGGGAAGAAACUUAUUAAAGAAUCUGCUUCUUCUCGUUCUGAGUCUUCUGCCAUCAUACGCAAUGAUCGACGGGAGAGGGAAAAACAACCUGCUUCCGAGCGACCUGGCUGUCCUCCUCUGAACUUAGUUUCCUCACUUGAAGCGAAUAUCACAGAUGCCUCUGGAGCGCGGUCUCACUCUGAGUCUUCUGCAGUCGCGCCCAACAAUAGUCGACGCAAGAGGCUAAAGCCACAACAAAUUUCCGACCGUCAUGGCUACCCUCCUCUGAAGUUUGUUCCCGCACAUGAAGCAGAGGCUGCAAAUGUUGCAAAGUUUCCACGCGCUCCAAAACGACAGCCUAUUACCGACCGUCAUGGCUAUCCUCGUUUGAAGUUUGUUACUGCAGAUGAAGCAGAUGCCGCAUCUACUGCAAAGCUUCCACGCCCUCCAAAACCACGGCCUAUUCCCGACCGUCAUGGCUAUCCUCGUUUGAAGUUUGUUACCGCAGAUGAAGCAGAGGCCGCAUCUGCUGCAAAGCUUUCACGCCCUCCAAAACCACGGCCAAUUCCCGACCUGUCAUGGCUAUCCUCCUUUGAAGUUUGUUCCUGCACAUGAAGCAGAGGCCACAUCUACUGCAAAGUUUCCGUGAGUUGUCUUCUUUCAGACUAGAUAGGGACGUUCGGAAGAUGGUCAAAUAGGCGUUCUCU